CCCCUCUCCCCCUCUCCCCCUCUCCCCUCCCCGUGUAGCCAUGUCCCCGAUCGUCACCGUCGAGGAGGCCAAGCGCCUGGCGGCCCGCGCGGCCGUCGACCAGUUCAUCGAGUCGGACACCAUUGUCGGCAUCGGCUCCGGCUCCACCAUCGUCUAUGUGGUGGAGUACCUGCGGGAGCUGCUGGAUGCCGGGACCCUGCGCAACUUGCGCCUGGUGCCGACCUCCUUCCAGUCGCGGCAGCUCAUCCUGGACGCCCAGCUGAACCUGCUGGACCUGGACCACCCGGGGCUCUUUGCCAAGGCCACCGGGCCGAAGGUCAUCGACGUGACCAUCGACGGGGCCGAUGAAAUCGCCCUGCCCUGCCUGUCGCUGAUCAAGGGCGGCGGCGGGUGCCACACGCAGGAGCUCAUGGUGGCCAGCAUCUCCAAGCGCCUGGUCAUCGUGGCCGACCAGUCCAAGGUGACCGAGGCCCUGAACACCGUCUACCUGAAGGGCAUCCCGGUGGAGGUGGUCCCGGCGGCCCGGCUGCUGGUCGAGCGCCACAUCCAUGCGGCCCUGGAGGCCAAGCUGCCCGAGCUGCAGGUGGCCCUGCGCCAGUGCGGCCAUGGCAAGGCCGGCCCGGUGGUCACCGACAACGGGUGCUUCAUUCUGGAUCUGCUCCCGGGGCAGCAGAUCCCCGGCGCCCUGCUGCCGGAGAUCCAGUCCACUCUGACGGCCAUUCCCGGGGUGACAAGCUGCGGACUCUUCCUGGGGAUGGCCAGCGCGGCGCUGGUGUGCUCGUCCGAUGGGAUUGUGACGUGCCACACUCGGCCGACCGAGGACUAGUGUGUGGGCGCGGUGACGGGAGGGGGG